AUGGUGAAACAGCAAGAACUUACAAACAAGAACAAUGAAGCUUCCACAAGAAAUAUAGAAAGGCAGAUUGGGCAGCUUUCCAAGCAAGCUGUGAUCGAAAGGCCAACAAGCUCACUCCCAAUUGACAUCAUUCCAAAUCCUAAAGAAGAAUGCAAAGCUAUACAGUUAAGGAGUGGAAAAACCUUGGUGAAUGACAAGAAGCCAACUGAGAAUGAUGAAGCCAGUAGCAAUAAUGAUGCUACACUCAACAAAGAUGAUCAAGAGAAGCCUGAAGAGAGAGAGAAGCAGCCACAAAUCUCAAGAAAAGGGAAGCAAAUAAUGGAAGAAUCAUCUCAAGGACAGAAGCAAGUGGAGAAGACUUUCACACCUCCCUUGCCAUACCCUCAAAGGUUCAACAAGGAAACCAAUGAUCAACACUUCCCCAAGUUCCUUGAAGAGCUCAUCAACAAAAAGAGAAGUUGGCAUGAGAAGGAAAUAGUGCUUCUCACUGAAGAAUGCAGUGCUAUGAUUCAAAGGGGUAUUCCACCAAAGCUUAAAGAUCCAGGGAGUUUUGUAGUUUCAUGUACCAUAGGUAAGAUGACAUUAGACAAAGUUCUCUGUGAUCUUGGUGCUUGUAUCAAUUUGAUGCCCCUAUCAAUGAUGAGAAAGCUUGCCAUAGAAGAACUCAAACCUACCAGGAUGUCAUUGGUAAUGGCUGAUAGAUCAAUCAAGACACUCAAUGGCAUUGUGGAAAAUCUAUUGGUGAAGGUUAGAGAGUUUAUCUUCCCUGCAAACUUUGUGAUUUUGGACACAGAAGAGGAAGGAAACAAUUCAAUCAUUUUAAGAAGACCGUUUCUAGCCACAGUAAGAGCUAUUAUUGAUGUGAAAAAGGGAGAAAUGAUCUUUAGAGUGCACAAUGAGCAAACAGUCAUCAAUGUUUUCAAAGCAAUGCAAUACCCCCUUGAGCAAGAAGAUUACAUGAAAGUAGAUAUGAUCGAAAGUUUGGUGGAAGAAAUGUUGGAAGCCAAUCAUCAUGAGCAACAAAAAGAAGAAGGGGAAGAAGAUCAGGAGACAAUGGAAGCACAAGUAGCUAAAAUUUCCAUUGAGAAAGAGGUGAAACAAGACAAGAAGGAAGAAAUUCCAAAACAAGAAUUGAGCCUCUCCCUAUUCAUCUCAAAUAUGCAUUCCUUGGCACAGCAGAUAGCUUUCCAGUGA